GGGAGCCCAGACCACCAGAACAAGCAGAUGAGAUCGUGGACCUGUUUCUUCCUCUCCUGUUAAUGCAGGAGCCUUCCACACUCCCACAAUGCAGAGAGAGGGACCUGACUAUCUCCUGUGAUCCAAAGGGUUUCUGCUUUCAGCCUUGGUCUGUGCUCAAAGCCAGCCACUGACUCUUUGGCUUUCCUAGAAGGACAAUCUUCCUUCUCUACCCUGCCACCCAGGAGCUGGAUUGUGUAAGGUCUCUGCUCCUACCAUGGGACCACCAGGAAGCCUUCUUCUCCAACCCAGUGGGAGCUUGGGUUCCUUCACUGGAACCAGGAUGGAAACUGUGCUCUUCCUCUUGGUUGGGCUUUGGGGUGCUGCCAACCCAGCUCCCAUCAGGCUGGUGGGAGGCCGCAACCGCUGCGCAGGGCGGCUCGAGGUGCUUUGGGACGAGCAGUGGGGAACCGUGUGUGACGAUCGGUGGGACCUGCCCGAAGCCAUGGUUGUGUGCAGGCAGCUGGAGUGUGGGGAAGCGCUGUCAGCCCCGGGCUCGGCUCGCUUUGGACAAGGAACUGGUCCUAUCUGGCUGGAUGACAUGAACUGCAACGGGACAGAAGUCGACCUUUCUGCCUGCAGGACCAGACCCUGGGGAGAGCAUAACUGUGACCAUGGAGAAGACGCAGGGGUUGUGUGCUCAGGGGUUACAAUUCCAGUGAAGGUGAAACUAGUGAAUGGCUCCAGUCGCUGUGCUGGGAGAGUGGAAGUGUUCUAUGGCCAUCAAUGGGGAACAGUCUGUGAUGACAACUGGAAUAUGACUGAUGCAGAAGUUGUAUGCCGGCAGCUGGGAUGUGGUUCUGCUUUAUCUGCUCCUUCUUUAGCUUACUUUGGAGGGGGCUCUGACCGCAUUUGGCUUGAUGACGUGGCCUGCAAAGGGACCGAAGCUGCCCUCUCCGAGUGCAGUGCAAACCCUUGGGGAACCCAUAACUGUGUGCACAGAGAAGAUGCUGGUGUCGUGUGCUCAGGCUUUGCAGAACCUGCCCCACUUCGCUUGGUGGAUGGGUUGAACCACUGCUCUGGGAGAGUCGAGGUGUUCUACGGGCAGCAGUGGGGGACUGUGUGCGAUGACGACUGGGACUUGGUGGAGGCAGACGUGGUCUGCAGGCAGCUGGGCUGUGGGAAGGCCUUGGUGGCUUCCCGUCGGGCUUCCUUUGGGCAAGGAUCUGGCCCCAUUUGGCUUGAUAAUGUCAGCUGCAGCGGGACAGAAGAUGCUCUCUCCCAGUGCAAAGCCACUGGCUGGGGAAGCCACAACUGUGAGCACAGAGAAGAUGCUGGUGUGGUUUGCACAGGAUUUGCUGAGCUGCUUCCAGUCCGGCUGGUGAACGGUUCGAGUUCGUGCUCCGGGAGAGUCGAGGUGUUCCAUGAGCAGCGGUGGGGAUCCGUGUGUGACGAUAGCUGGGAUCCGGUGGAUGCUGACGUGGUGUGCAGGCAGCUGGGCUGCGGGACAGCGCUCUCAGCACCAGGAUCUGCUCAUUUCGGACAAGGAACUGGCCAGAUUUGGCUGGAUGAUGUCAACUGCGCAGGGGCUGAAACCACCCUCACCGAGUGCCGAGCCAGGCCCUGGGGGGACCACAACUGUCACCACGGAGAGGAUGCUGGUGUGGAGUGCUCAGGUAUUGCAGAACCAGCCCCAAUCCGGGUCGUCAACGGUCCGAAUGGCUGCGCUGGGAGAGUCGAGGUGUUCCAUGAGCAGCAGUGGGGAUCCGUGUGUGACGAUAGCUGGGAUGUGAUGGAUGCUGACGUGGUGUGCAGGCAGCUGGGCUGCGGGGCAGCGCUCUCAGCACCGGGUUCAGCUCAUUUUGGACAAGGAUCUGACCCCAUCUGGCUGGACGAUGUGAGGUGCACAGGGAAGGAAGCUGCCCUCUCCGAGUGCAGCGCCCAGCCUUGGGGGUCCCAUAACUGCACACACGGAGAUGCUGCUGCUGUGGUGUGCUCAGAUAUUCCACGAAUAGCUCCUCUGAGGUUAAUGAACGGACCAAACCGUUGCAGUGGGAGAGUUGAAGUGUUCUAUGGGCAGCAGUGGGGGACGGUGUGUGAUGCCAACUGGGAUAUGAGCGAUGCUGAAGUUGUCUGUCGACAGUUGGGCUGUGGGGGAGCACUGUCCCCUCUGCCCUCCGCUUAUUUUGGAGAAGGAUCUGGCCCCAUCUGGCUGGAUGAUGUGAACUGCACAGGGACCGAAACCGCCCUCUCCAAAUGCAAAACCACUCCAUGGGGUGUCCAUAACUGUAAGCAUGGAGAAGAUGCUGGUGUUGUGUGCUUGGGUUCUCCAGAACCAACCCCAAUCCGGCUGGUGAACGGUUCGAGUUCCUGCUCCGGGAGAGUCGAGGUGUUCCAUGAGCAGCGGUGGGGAUCCGUGUGUGACGAUAGCUGGGAUCUGGUGGAUGCUGACGUGGUGUGCAGGCAGCUGGGCUGCGGGGCAGCGCUCUCAGCACCAGGAUCUGCUCAUUUCGGACAAGGAACCGGCCAGAUUUGGCUGGAUGAUGUGGAAUGUGCAGGCGCUGAAGCCGCCCUCUCCGGUUGCCGGGCGCGGGCUUGGGGAGACCACAACUGUCACCAUGGAGAGGAUGCUGGUGUGGUGUGCUCAGGUAUUGCAGAACCAGCCCCAAUCCGGGUCGUCAACGGUUCAAGUUCCUGCUCCGGGAGAGUCGAGGUGUUCCAUGAGCAGCAGUGGGGAUCCGUGUGUGACGAUAGCUGGGAUCUGAUGGAUGCUGACGUGGUGUGCAGGCAGCUGGGCUGUGGGGCAGCGCUCUCAGCACCAGGAUCUGCUCAUUUUGGACAAGGAUCUGACCCCAUCUGGCUGGACGAUGUGAAGUGCACAGGGAAGGAAGCUGCCCUCUCCGAGUGCAGCGCCCAGCCUUGGGGGUCCCAUAACUGCAAGCAUGAAGAAGAUGCUGCUGUGGUGUGCUCAGGUUCUUCAGAGGUGCCUCCGCUGCGGCUGGUGAACGGCCCCACUCGCUGUGCUGGCAGAGUUGAGGUGUUCCACAGCCAACAGUGGGGGACAGUCUGUGAUGAUAACUGGGACCUGGGCGAUGCCGCAGUGGUUUGCCAGCAGUUGGGCUGUGGGGCCGCUGUGGCUGCCCCAGGUUCAGCUUAUUUUGGUCAAGGUUUUGGCCGUAUCUGGCUGGAUGAUGUGACUUGCUCCGGUACCGAACCAGCCCUCUCCGAGUGUGUGGCGAGGCCUUGGGGAGUCCAUAACUGUAACCAUGGAGAAGAUGCAGGCAUCGUGUGUUCAGGUGGGAUCUAAACCUCACAGAUGUUCCAGAGUGGAGAAGAGGGAUGGUAUUGCCAGACAACAUUAAUUUAACCCAAACAAAAGUGAUUCCUGAAGUCCAAAGACCAUGCAGUACAAAAGAAAACAACUGAGACUCAAGUCUAUCACGCUCAAAUGCAAGCACCAAAUUGAUGUCCCCAAAUCAGGGGUGUCUUUAUCCUGAUAACCUAUUCAGUUAGCGAAGAGAGAUCAGCAAUUGCGUGGGGAUGACAUCCCUCUGAACCACCUCAGGUGUCCCUCACUGCCCUGGCUGUAAAAGGACCUUUGGGUGAAAUUGUGUUGAAUUUGGGUUCCUCUGCAUAUGAUCCAACUGCCCACAAUUCCUGCCGCAAGACAAGUAUCCAGCAUCCUCUCCCAUGGGUGGAGAGAAUGUUUGGAGAACACUGAAACCAACUUGAAUCCUCACAACAUCUCCCACAAGCGUGUCUUCCCAUACCAGUUCAUCCUCUCCAGCUGAUCCAUACAUGUUGCCUUGUGCUGAUGGUAGGGAUAUGGGAUACAAGCAUUUGGCUCUUGCUGUAUGGGCUUGGAGAGCCUUGGGUAGCCAGCACCCUUCCCCCAGAUGUGUUCAGUUACUGCAGUGAAGUCCUCACAUAGGUUGCCCUCUCCUAAGCCUGAACCUUGAGGCCCUUUGAGACAUUUCCUCCAAGCCUCAAACCAUUUCUGUGCCUCUUCUCACCUUCUGGAUAGAAAACAUAAAAUAAACAUGGACAUGAACUUCUUGA